AUGGAAUAUAGUCUCCCCUUUUACCAUACAGAACUUGCAUUUGAACUAUAUCCUAUUCCAUCAACGCCAUUACUUUUGACUGAUGGUGAUAACUAUAGCUUUAAAAUUAAUGUUAUUAGUGUUAGUAGUUUUGUCAAUCAUUAUUCCUCUACCUAUACUAUCACUUUUCUAGUUUUUCCGUUCUUAUAUGAUGUUAAAGUUGAUGUUGAAGAUGUGGAUGUGGAUUUAGAAGCAAGUAGCAUUACUAGUCGUAGGAGUAAUAAUAUUAGUCACUGCCUCUACAUUUCUUAA